AUGUUCCAAUGUUCGUCGACGAGCACAAUCGGCGCCAACGCAGGUGUUGUCUCCAGUGACACGCAAAACGGUUACCGCGGUCAUUACCAUCACGAUCGAAUAGUGUACGUGCCGUCGUCCAAGCCAAAUAUGUUCGGUCUUGCGCACCACCAGUACGGCGCACCACCGCCGCCACCACUUCCACCGCCCACUCCGUCCACAGUCGGCACCGCAGUACAGGGCGCCACCACUCACACGUGGCAGAACACGCCGGCCGGGGUACAGAGCAGCAGUCACCUCGUCUCCUCGGCCGCCGGUUCGCCGGCCAACAACAACGGUGGCCACUCGAACGUUGUCCCGGUGCAGUCGUCACCGUCGUCGGCCACCCCGCCGUUCUAUCAGAGUGCCGCCGCCGCCGCAGCCGCCGCGGCCAUCAUGUGGCCAAACCCCACGGCCGCCGCAUUCCAGGCUCAUCACUACGUUUCAGACGCCGGAAUGGAUUUGCAGUUCGGAGAUGGCCGGGAGUGUGUCAACUGCGGUGCGAUCUCCACGCCGCUGUGGCGCCGCGAUGGCACCGGACACUAUCUGUGCAACGCAUGCGGGCUGUACCACAAAAUGAACGGCAUGAACAGACCGCUUGUCAAGCCGGCCAAGAGAUUGGUAGCCUUCGAGACCGCAUCCAACAGACGCCUCGGUCUGUCAUGUACGAACUGCGGCACCCGAAUGACCACCUUGUGGAGGAGAAACAACGACGGCGAGCCCGUGUGCAACGCGUGCGGUCUGUACUACAAACUGCAUGGCGUCAACAGACCGCUGACGAUGAGAAAGGACGGUAUCCAGACAAGGAAGAGGAAACCUAAGAAGCAGCCUUCGUCGUCGUCGUCCUCUUCUUCUAACGGUUCGUCAAAUGUAGAGAACCAUAGACAAUCCACUUCCGCGGCCAUAGAUCUAUUAGUGAACAAGCAUCACGCAACGGUGGAAAUCAAACACGAACACACUUACGAUCCAGCGGCGGCUGCGGCUGCCGCUGCGGUGGCGGCGGAACACUUCCUCUUUCCCGGCACAGCGGGCGGCCAUCAUCAUCCCCAGCUGGGCGGGUUCAGUUUUCCGAUCCCUCAGGCUCCGGUGCCUGCACACAACUAUCAACACCUGUUGAACGGACACGUCAACAACAAACUGAUGGCGUCCUAG